UCAGGUUUCUGUGAAAGCUCUCCACACUCUCCUCGGGGCAGGAGGGACCUCAUUUGCAUGCGACCCGCCCCCCCCGCGUGCGGAUUGGCCGGAGCUCUGCCGGCAUGCGGACACCCACAUCCAAACUUUCCCAGUCGGAGCCAAACUCUUUAAGUGGAAGGGGAUGAAGUGAGAGGCAGGAGGCCAGCGGCUGAGCAGGGCGAGACAGGCUGAGGCUGGAGGUUCCAGGGCAAAGAAAGGAUGACGUUUUAAUUCAAGGCCUCUGGGAUUCCACCUUUGUUCGGUUUAUUUUGGGGUAUUCAUUUUGCAAUUGGCUUGAACUGACCGGAAAUACAAAGUCGUGUCCUCCUUUUUUUUUCCUGAUCGCUGGCAAAAACAAAGCAAAUAAUGGCGGUUUAGCCGGAAAAAUGGGAUUGUUGUUUGACGCCGUGAUGCUGCUGGUUCUGCUUCUGGCUGUGGGUCUUGGCUCGGGGGCUCUGGCCUCUGAGUCCCCACCGGUAACCGUCCAGUACCAGGUCUGGGAGGAGCAGCCGGCGGGAACCCGGGUGGGCCGACUGCUGGACGACCUGCGACAGAGGGACGAGGGCGGCCCUCUGGAGGACUUCGAGGCUGUGGAGCAGGGGAUGGCCCUUCCUUUCUCUGUCAGCGCCCGGGACGGGGUGGUGUCCACCCAGGGCCGGCUGGACAGGGAGGAGCUGUGCCCCGGCUCGGACCUCUGCCAGGUGGCCUUCAGCGUGCUCUACAGGAAGAGCGGCGCCGUGAACUGCAUGCGGGUCCGGGUGGAGGUGAAGGACCUGAACGACCACAGUCCCAGCUUCCCCAGCGCGCGGCAGGAAGUGGAGAUCUCAGAGACCGCCGGCCUCCAGAUGCGGAUCCCUUUGGACCGAGCAGUGGAUCCGGACGCGGGGCCCAACGGCCUCCAGACCUACUCGCUGUCCAUCAACCCGCACUUUGCUCUGGAUGUGGUGGCCGCCCCGGGGGGGGCGAAGCAGGCCGAGCUGGUAGUCAUCAAAGGCCUGGACAGGGAGAUCCAGGACUCCUUUGAGCUCACACUGGUGGCGUGGGAUAAAGGAGACCCGCCACAGUCUGGGACCACAUUAGUCCACAUUAAAGUCCAGGACUCAAACGACAACAGCCCCCGGUUCGAGGACAGCAGUCCUACAGUGACUCUGCCCGAGGACACAGCUCGGGGGACAACAGUCAUCAGGCUCAAGGCCACCGACCCCGACCAGGGCGCCAACGGGGAGGUGGAGUACUCAUUCAGCAAGCACACGCGCCCAGAGGUCCGGAAGCUCUUCCGAGUGGAUCCGCAAAGCGGGGACGUGACCGUGAGGGCCCCUCUGGACUAUGAAGUCCAUUCCUCUUAUGAGGUUAUCGUCCAGGCCGUCGAUCGGGGUCCCAACGCAAUCGCCUCGCACUGCAAACUGCACGUCCGGCUCACAGACGUGAACGACAACGCGCCCAGGAUCCGCACCACCUGGACGUCCCCGGCCGCCGCCGGCGUGCUGGAGAUGGCGCCGAUUGACACUUUCCUGGCUCUGGUGACGGUUUACGACGCAGAUUCGGGGAAAAAUGGGGAAGUGAGAGCUCUCAUUCGUGAAGAGUCUCUGCCUUUCAGCCUCAAACACAUGUAUGGAGACAAUUAUAAGAUUGUAACCAGCGGCAGCUUGGAUAGAGAGAAGGUUUCGCAUUAUAACAUCACGCUCGUCGCUAGGGAUAUGGGAACCCCCUCGCUGUCUUCCACCGAACGCCUGACUGUUUCUGUUCUGGAUGUGAACGACAACAGCCCCGUUUUCUCCGCAUCCGUCUUCACGGCUUCCAUCAAGGAGAACAACUUUGUGGGCCAAGAGGUUCUCCAAGUCGAGGCCCACGACGACGACCUGGAGCUGAACGGGAGAGUCUCCUACGUCAUUGUUGGCCCCAACGACCCCAAAACCCAAACACAGCUCUUUACUGUCCACCCGAGAACCGGCGUCGUAAGCGUCCAGCGACAACUCGACUUUGAGGAGACACAGAUGUACACUUUCACUGUCGAGGCCGUGGACCAUGGCCAUCCCAGACUGACCGGCACAGCCACCGUAAAGGUCAAGAUUGAGGAUACAAACGACAAUCCUCCAGUGAUUACAGAGCCAAAGCCAAGAAAGGGCGUGGCUCAUGUUAGCGUACCGGUCAACGCAUACAAGGGGGAGAUCGUGACAGAGCUGGGCAAGGAGGAAGAGGAUGAGUCCUCAGUUUUGCCCUUAGAUCGGUCGGGCACAGUCGUCGGUUUCCUGGCGUCCACAAUAAAAGCGGAGGACAAGGACUCAGGACUCAACGGUGAGCUCCAGUACCGGAUUUCGGGUGAAACCCCUGUCGACCUCUUCUGGUUGGAUGAGGCUACCGGGCAGCUGUUUGUUAACACCAGUAACGCCACUGAGCUCAUAGGGAGAAGCUUUCAGAUGGAACUCGUUGUGUCCGACAAGGGAACUCCCAGUUUGGCCUCCAAGGUGACUCUGGAGGUGGCUUUCAUCAACCUGCAGGACCAUCUGAAGAACUCCUCUCCCGGAGCCCGAGGGCAGCUCAGUUUCACCAUGAUGAUCGUGAUCUGCUUGGGCGCCACCUGCCUGCUGCUCCUGUUGGCCAUCGCCUUGGUGACGACCUUCUGCCGGCCCGACAAACGGGACAGCAGGGCCUACAACUGCAGGCAGGCCGAGUCCAGCUACACCCGCCACCCCCGGCGGCCACAGAGGAACAUCAGGAAGUCCGACAUCCAGCUCGUCCCCGUCAUCCGAGGGAGGAAGGAAGAGCCGGCCCAGGACGACAGCGAGGUCCAGCCACUGACUCCACCUCAGGUUUUGGAGGACCAGCAAACCGAGAGAGAGUACAACUUCAUACCAUCCGUUAUGAGCACAGGCCUCUGCUCCGGCGGCUACCUGGAGGGAGACGCCUCCCAGGCUGUCGGCCAUCACUGCAAAACCCUCCGGAAGCCGGGAAACAUCGAAAUCGACGGGACUUUACCUCUGACGCCAGCCGCGUCGUACCAGACCCUUCGCAAAUCCAGAAACCCUUCAUCCUCCUCGUCGGUGUCCCAUUCGAGCACCUUGAGGCGUCACAAGCUCCAGGGUCAGGGAGAGGACAGGGGGCCACCUCGUUCGGCGUCUCAGGCGACUCUCAGGAGGCCGAAGACGUCGGAGGGCCGGGCGGCGCACGACGCCGAACACCAGCAGCUGCUUCGGAGCCUGGUGCGUCUCUCCAUGGCGGCUUUUGGAGACUCCAUCGAGCUUUCCUCGGCCUCACCAGAGGUGCAGCAGAUCUCCCAGCUCCUCUCCCUCCUCCAUCAGGGACAGCUGCAGCCCAGGCCCAACUUCCGGGGAAACAAGUACUCCCAUCGCAGCGGCAGAUACGGAGGCCAGGACUGCUCCGACUGGCAAAGCACCAAAGACAGUGGGCACGGAGAGAGCGAGGCCGGGGACAUGGACUGGGAACCGGAACCGGGACGGGACUCGCCCAUCGACCCACAGCUGGAGGAAGGGCUCAGCAACAUGCUCAACAGCCCAGACGAUGUCUUCUCUCAGGUCAGCGACCCCGCCUGGAUGGCCAGACUGUCCCUCCCUCUGGCCGGCGACUACCACGAAAACGUGUUCGUCCCCAACAGCCCCCCCUCCCCUGAAAGUGAGCUCCCUCCACGGGACGGCCUGGACUCCACCUCCUCCUUCUCCACCUUCGGGAAAACUCCGGAGAAGGAGGGCGCUCUGGGCGGGGCGCUGCUGUCCGAGGUCAGCACGCUGUUUGAGAUGCUGAUGACGCAGAAGGCCGACGCCCACCCGGGCCCAAGGCCCGACGUCCUGUACCGGCUGUCGGCCGCCUGCCGGCGCUCCCUGGGGCUGGACGCCGGCGCCGAGGCCCGGCCCGGCCCAAACGCCUGA